GCUUCUCUGCUGCCGACUGCCAAAUGAAGAGUGUGUGAGAGCACUCCAGCUGAGCGACACACACACAUCACACGCGAUACGAGCACAUUCAGUUUGCAGGAGAGUCGGCGCUGCCAGCGAACAUCCUCCGCUACUUUCAGCAGCUGCCAGCUGUUGAGUUGAGAUUUACGGGCUGUUUCAUGUGGACCAGAGGCAGCAUUCAAAGCAGGUGAAGCACUUAUCUGGUAGUGUGUGUGUGUGUGUUUGCUGCCGCUGCUGCUCCUGUACAUCUGUGCUCAGACCGGCUGUUUACAGUGAAGAGAAACGCCAGCAGAGUAUCUGAGGAUAUUGGAGUGCCGGAGAGUUUGCAAGCAUGUUUUGAAAUCGGGGAAAAAGAACAUCAUAAAGAUAAAGGAGGAGAGGAUUUAAAAGAAAUAGGCUGUUUUUUUUUUCAACUCAGCCACCACCCAGAGGCGAGCGUCAGGUCCCGGGGAAGUCCAGAUACUGAGGAGCCCAGGAGACACGAUGUGGAUUAGGGGAUGAGUCCUGCCGAGGAGGAGCCAGGGAGGGAUGAGGUUGCUGGGGGUGAGAGGGCGAGGAUGGGCUGCCCCUGCCCUGUGGCACGUCCGGCUGCCUCCCCGUGAGCAUGCAGGUCCUACAGAUCGUCAAGGAGCUGGUGUCGCCCUCCAGACGCAGGGCAGCGGCCAGGUUUGGAGCGUCUGAUACCGAGCAGGAUGCGGCGGUGAAACUUGACCAGGAGCGCGCUGAGAUAGUCGCCAAAUAUGACAAGGGAAAAGAGGCCACCGUGGAGCCGUGGGAGGACACCAACUUCCACCUGUAUAAAGUCAUCGACCGCUUCGGCUUUGUUCAUGAGAAUGAACUUCCAUCCUACGACUCAGUGGAGGAGAAGCAAAAACACCUGGAGGUGGAGAGGACCACAAAAUGGCUGAAGAUGCUGAAGAGCUGGGACAAAUACAAGAACAGUGAGAAGGUGAGCUUCUGUUUGUCGCUACGUCUCAUCCUCCAUCUUCACCCUGUCGGACCUCCGUCUGUCUGUCAAUCCAAACUCUCCCUUUACUCUAUAAAAAGUUCUGAUUGUACACAUGAUGGUUUCGUCACUCUUUAUGUUCUUUAUGUUUGUUUGUUUUCCGGUCGUCUACAGAAACUAAAAGCCCGAGCCAGAGGACUCUCCCCAGACAUCCGUCAGAUUGACCUGGAUGUGAACCGGACCUACAGGGACCACAUCAUGUUCAUGCAUCGCUACGAUGUCAAGCAGCAGGCUCUCUUCCACGUCCUCACAGCCUACUCCAUGUACAACACGGAGGUGGGCUACUGCCAGGGCAUGAGCCAGAUCACAGCUCUGCUGCUGAUCUACAUGAAUGAAGAGGACGCCUUCUGGGCUCUGGUUAAACUGCUAUCUGGACAGAAGCACGCCAUGCACGGGUUCUUUAUCCCCGGCUUCCCGAAGCUGAUGCGUUUCCAGGAACACCAUGACCGCAUUCUCAAGAAGAUGAUGCCCAAACUGAAACAACACCUGGACAGCCAGGAGGUGUUUACCAGUCUCUACACUAUGAAGUGGUUCUUCCAGUGCUUCCUGGACAGAACUCCCUUCACCCUCACCCUCAGGAUCUGGGACAUCUACAUCUUGGAGGGAGAACGGGUGCUGCCCACCAUGUCCUACACUAUCCUCAAACUGCACAAGAAGCAUCUGAUGAAGCUGUCCAUGGAGGAGCUGGUGGAGUUUCUGCAGGUGACUUUGUCCAAAGAUUUCUUCUUCGAGGACGACUUUGUGAUCGAGCAGCUACAGGCGUCCAUGACGGAGCUCAGGAGGGCGAAGCUGGAGCUGCCCGCACCAGGUAAAGAAGAAGAGUUUCCCAAGAAGCCUCUCGGGCAGCUUCCUCCUGAGGUGGCAGCAGCAGCGGUGAACCACGUGGCCAACGGGCAAAGCCACGCCGAGCCAGUUGAGCCUCCCAGGGACCCGAGUCCUGUACCAGACCGUCAGCGGGACAGCCGCCCCCCCAGCCGGUCACGCCGAGACUCACUGGAUAAAGUGAUCCGCCGCAACAAGGAUGACAGGAGGAACGUCCGCUCCAGGGGAUCAGGGGAGAUCCCCAGUGAGCAGCAAAAGCAGUCCACCUCCACCACGCCUGAGAGAGGAGCAACCCCGCCCUCAGCCCCCAUCCCUACACCACAGCUCAUUACAGUGGAUAGAGGGAGGCCUCAGGGCCACGCCAUCGCCAACCACAACUCCAACGCGGCCUCCAGCUCUCGCAGAGAAAUCACUCCCCGCUGGUACAAACCCUCCGAGACGAAGCUGGAAGCAGUCAAAGCAGCAGCAGCCCGGGAGGUCCAGCUGAGCAGAGGGGCGUCGCCGGCUCCUUCCAGCCCAGAGGACAGCGCUCAGCCCCACUGCCGGCCACGCUCCAAGGGCUUCAUCCCCGGCUCCGACCGAGGCUCCAACGCCUCCCAGUAUGACAACGUACCAGGGCUGCCAGAGCAGGAUUUCGAGAUCCUGGAGCUUGACAGACCUCCGUCCAGAAUGAGGACCCCCCGCAGUGAGACACCCUUCAGUGUAUCGUCCCUCCAUCAGGGCAGCCCGAGCCGUGGCACCAGCCUGACUGGGAGCGUCGUCUCCGUCGCAUCAGGGCCCAGGAUGGCAAAACACCCUCUUCCUCCUUCGUUUCCCCACAACAGUCCAGGAGGGGUCCAGUCCAGCUACCCUGGCAACCAGAGCCAGUACCUCACCCCUCCUCAGCAGCAUUCCCCAGGCAGAACUACAACCGAAGUCCCCAUCUUCCAUCCUGCGUACAGCGUGAGCCUGGACCACAGAGGGGAGGACAGACACUAUGCCCCUCCCAACAGAUUUACCCCGCCCUCAAAUGUGGUGUACGGGGAAAGAGCGUAUGCCACCACCCAGCGGCCAGCCAACAACCUCUCCCCAGACAAGGCUCUCAUGAACAACUCCUACACUACCUACCGCAGGGGGCCGCCACCAAGCUCCACCCACAACCCCCGAAACACCAGGCCUCUCCCGGAGCACUCCAUACAGCUGGAAACCAAGGGGAGCUCCACCCCUAUCUACCUGCAACAGCUCACCUCCACCACACAGGUCUAUGCUCCGGUGGACUACAGGUUUGAGGGGCAUCGGAGAGGUGAGGCAAACCCACAUUUCCUGCCAGAGGGCGGGCCUCGGCGGCCUGUAGACUGGCUCCCGUGGGCGCCGGAGGAUGAGCUGCCCCCUCAGUCCCCAGGCGGGAUGCCCCGUUCGCCCAGCUUCCAGCGAGCCCAAAUGUCUCCUGUUCAGGAGUUCACUUUCCCCCCAAAACCAGACAGCCUGCUUCACUACAGGACACAGUUCCAGGAGCAGCAGCCCGUCAUAAGGCAACAGCUCCCCCAACUGUUUGGAGGACCACACUACAGGCACGCACAGGAGGCGUUUGCCAUGCAGGAGUCCAUGCUGCUGUGAUUGGACGAUACAGAAAUGGCAAGACACUGUAAACAAAAAUAACUGAGGUGUAGUCACUGACACUGUGGUAAAGACGAGCAGUAGUCCUAGCUUUGUUAGGAGCCUGGUUUUGUUUCUGCUCUGUUGUUCUUUAUGUGUGAAGUACUGACCUUCUGACUGUCACGCUGCGGCGUUAACGCUGCAGGACACACCAGCCUCUGAUGUUUUUACUGAUCACUUUAAAAAGAGAAAAAAAAAACUGACUGAAGAUUUUAUUUUAUUUUUGGAUGUAAAUCAUUAACGAGAGGUGACAGUAUAUAUCUUUUAGAGUCUGAUAUGUACAGUGGAUUUUUUUUGUUUGUUAAUAUGCUGAGUUGUUAUCAGUAGCAGGGGCAAAACUCUGAUUUAUUUUCCAUCUUUAUUUUUUUAUAUGUUACUUCCAGAUAUUUACAUUAGAGAUCGAUUUACUCUAUAUGCUUGUGAAUGUUAUUUUUCAAAGAGAAUACUAUGUCCAAUGAUAGAGUUAGAGAGCAGUGACUAACGGGGUCACUGUACGUUUUAAUUUCAAUUUUGAAGCGCCUCCACUGUAGAACGUGCAGGGUUUGUUGAUUUAUUUUUUAGCCUUUUCCCUUUCAGUUUCAGUGAUAAUAUUCCUUCCUGAUUAACUGAUGUGCAAUUAAUUUCUCUUUCAUACACGAAGUACAGUACAUUGGGUAUUUACAUGUGUUUGAGGCCAGUGUAGUUUUUGGUUAAAUUCAAACCCUGAUUAGAGACUCAAGGAAUAGAGAGCUAAUUUGUGAGGGCUAAUAAUAUAUAUAUUUUCUGGUUUGAUAGCUUUGAGUCAUCUGAUUUGCUAUGUAACCAUAGGUAACAUGUUUUUUUUAAUUGCCGUACUGUAGUUUUCACAUCUUGAGCACAUGCAGCCAGAGAUGGAUGUGAACUAGUUUCAGUACAAGUUUGCUUUACUUCAUUAUGUCUUAUUAUUCUCAACACUGUCAUUAUCAACUACUGUUCAGCUGCUGGCACUUCACUGGCAUACAGAGUCAUCUGGCACACACACACACACACACACACACAUAUAUGCACACACUACAUGUCACAAAUGUGUGAGUCACACAUUUCAACAUUUAAUCAGCCACAUUCCCUUUUAUUAUUAUUAUUUCUAUUAGUCCUCAUACUCUGGUUUUAAGCAGUUACUCCCAAACAGUAUUGCCGUACUGUUCAUUACAUUCCCUAAGUUAUCUUUGUUUUUUGUUAAACAACUAAUUGCAGACCAUUCUGAUACUUUGCUUAAUAAAAUGAAGAGGGUGAAAAUGA